AUGUGUGGGAUUGGAUUCCGUGCAUGGCGCACCGAAUCUUCUCGUACCUCAGAGGCAUGGGAAUCUGUGCUGCAGCAGGUCCGACGCCGCGGCAUGGACUCCCAUGAUACAGUUGCGCGCGACAUGCAAGGACUGCAUGUGGAACUCUUUGCAUCCGUUCUAUGCCUUCGCGGCGCUGGUGAUAUCACGAGCCAGCCGCUCAAGUCUAAAGAUGAGCGCCUUUGGCUUGUGUGGAAUGGGCAAAUUUUCGAGUGUGAAAAUGAUGACGAUGCGCUCGUCGAUGCACGCGUAAAUGACGCGCGUGUACUCAUGGAUCGCCUUGACGCGCCAGGCCAAGAUAUUUUAUCCACUCUCAUGGCGACGCUCGGCUUGUUUGAUGGACCAUAUGCUUUUGUACUUGUCGAUAAUGCAACACGGCUCAUCCUGUGCGAGCCACAUGCACCUAUAUCAGACGAAGCUGUGCUAUUGCGCGAUUUUGAUCGGAUCCUUAGCGAGAGUGUUCGUUGCCGGGUCCAGGGCAUCCGAGGCUCACGAGUCGCGAUUCUAUUUUCUGGUGGGCUCGAUUGUACGGUUCUUGCCGCACUGGCUGCGCGUUAUGUCAAGGAGCCUAUGGAUCUACUGAAUGUGUCAUUCGAGAAUCCACGCGCGAUUGCUGCCGCCUAUAAGUCCAUGACGGAUCCGGUCGACGCACACACAUUCCCCAUCGAUCCCUACGCCGUGCCUGAUCGCGUUACAGCGCGCGAUAGUUGUGCACAACUGGCUGCUCUGUUUCCAGCAUGCCAAUUUCGCCUUGUGGAAGUGAAUGUACCGUAUGCGGAAUAUGCAGCGCAUCUUGACAUCAUUCAAGCACUGAUGUACCCACAAGCCACAGUCAUGGAUUUGUCUAUUGCAGCGGCGCUGUUCUUUGCGUCGCGCGGUACGGGCAUUGUGCACAAUAUUAAUUCUGACACAUGUGCAUCGUACACAUCAACGGCACGCGUUCUUUUAUCUGGGCUUGGUGCUGAUGAAUUACUCGCAGGAUACGCACGGCACCGCCAAGCAUGGCGCCAUGGCGGCUAUGAUACCCUGACGCAAGAGCUGCAAAUGGACCUUGAUCGCAUCCCCACGAGGAACUUGGGCCGUGAUGACCGCAUAUUUAGCUCGCAUAAUCGCGAAGCACGAUACCCGUACUUGGCACGAUCCGUCACGACGUUUCUGGCAUCGUUACCAGCUCAGGCGAAAGCGUGUUUUGAACAGGACCAUGAAUUGGGUGAUAAGCACUUGCUGCGUUGCUUAGCACGUUCGCUAGGUCUCACAUAUGCAGCUUCCUUGCCGAAACGCGCCAUCCAAUUCGGCGCGCGCAGUGCCAAAAUGGACACGCAGGGUGCCCAAGUCAAAGGCAACGCUCCUCUUGUUCGGCGAUCAUGA